UUGCCACGUUGCCGCAGAUGCAGAACAACGCCACCGGGUGUGUUUUACAUCAGCAUACAACAAAGUGACCUGAUGUACAAGGGUGCUGUUACAGGGGAAAGGACUUUAAAUUGGAUUUUAGAAAGGUGGGAAAAUGCUUGCAGGAGUGAUAGUGGAGGAGGAGUUUGAUAAGGAGCAGGAGCUCUGGUACAGCAGUAAGGAGCUUGAGCACGAUUUACACUUGGCAGCAGAGUUAGGAAAGACUCUACUGGAGAGGAACCAUGAGCUGGAGCAGGGCCUUCAGCAGAUGUACUCCACCAAUCAGGAGCAGCUGCAGGAGAUCGAGUACCUGAACAAGCAGGUGGAGCUGCUGAGGCAGAUGAACGAUCAGCACACUAAGAUGUACGAGCAGCUGGACGCAGCAGCGCGAGACCUGGAGACGACGAACCACAGGCUGCUGCUGGACAACCGCACGGCCCAGGGAAAGAUCCACAGCCUGACCGAGACCAUCGACAGCCUGCAGUCUCACAUGGAGAGUCUGCAGAAGCAGGUGGAGGAGCUGCAGGCCUCGCAGUCGGAGCGCUCCAUGAGGGAACGCGCCGAAACGCGCAGAAGCCUGGCGGCUCAGAGCUUCUCCUGCCUCUACGACCUGCACCGGGAUACGCGUCUAAGCACAGAGAGCCACAGUGACGAGCGCUCAUGGUGGGCGUUGGAUACCAACCUGGUGGAAGAGGAGAAAUCUGCCCUGCAGAGCGCCCUGCGUAGCCUGCACACCCAGCUGAGCAGCGAGCGCGAGCGGCGGGAAGCGGCGGAGAAGGUCACGGAGCUGACCGAGCGAGAGAUCCGGGUGCUCGAGGAACAGCUGGCACAGCUGGAGGGAGCACGACGACACCAAGCCGAACUGGAGGCCGAGGUGGAGGAGCUGCGACAGCUGUGGCGAUCCGAGAAAUCCAGCGUCAGACCUACGGAGUCUCUCGUAGCCGACGCCGUGUUCUUCCUGUCCGAAGAGAGGGGGGCGGAGGAGGUGGUAGUAAUAGAGGAAGAGGAGGGGUCAGAACAGGAACCGGGGCGCGGGCACGAGCUGACGUGUAUACGGCGAUCAGAGGCGGUGAGGCAGCGAGGUAUCUCCCUGCUGAACGAAGUAGACGCGCAGUACAGCGUGCUGAAGACCAAGUACGAGGAGCUGCUGCAGCGCAGCCAGCGCAGAGACGACACGCCCAGCCACAAGGCCGUCCAGACGCCCGCCGUCUCCCUCAGACUUCAGUCAGCCUCCCUCAUGGACGACACGUACCAGCCGGAGUACAGGGCGCUCUUCAAGGAGAUCUUUACAUGUAUCGAGAAGACCAAAGAGGACCUGAAAGAGAACAAGGCCACCCCCAGGCACAAACACUGACUGACUCUGGGUAGUGGUUCCUUUUUUUUUUUUUUCGUGUUCCACUAUAUAAUAGCAGUAUUCUCAUCAGCCUCCGUCCUGUUUAAAAAAAAAAAAAUUUGCACUCUGUUCUCAUCUGUGUAAAAUGUGCGGCUCAGGACGCGUCGUUCAGCGUUUAGGUGCUAACCUACCAGAGUGCAUUGUGGGAUAUCGGCAAAGUCUCGGGUAUUUUACACUACGUCCGCAUUAGAGACGAUUCCCUGAGCUAUGCACUCUACCGUAACUUGUGAUCGUGACCGCGGUCCGAGGGCAACGUUAGCCUGCGAGCUUCAGUCUGGCUUCACAGCAAGAUUUCAAAAUAAGAGCAUGUGAACAGUCGUGUGAAUUUCUCGUGUUCAUUUGUUACGCUUUCUUUCUUAAACAUUUACUUUUUUUCAAAAUUUUGCCAUAAUAUUCGACUUUAUUUAUUUUAUAGACGUAUUUAUUUGAGUUCAUUUUAUUUAGUUUUGUUUUUAUUUUUUUUACACGUGCCCACAUUUGUUAAAUGUCACGUGUUUUGCUUAAAUUCAGGACUAAAUGCAAAAAAAAAAAUUCUAAAUCGUCUUUUUUUUCUUUCCCUUCCCCAUUAUAAUUACAUACCACUCAGUCCCGUGACUUUACUGUAUGGAGUUCAGUUCAGUGCAUUGCUGCGUUCUGGUUGACAAUAAUUAACAUAUCAACAAUACUUAGGAGUAAAUCACGUGGGAUCUUUGCUUUGCUUUAUCGGAGAGGUGUGUGGUGACACCGAAGCGCUCAUCAAACCUCAAGGACGCCAUAAAAGCAUAAAACGGCCUAAUUAUGCUGCUCUGGAUUCUUUAAAAAAAAACACCGCCAUUUCUACAUUAGUAGUCUUAUAUACGUGUAAAAAAAAAUUAAUAAUGAUGUGCUGUUACUAAUAAUUAACUAUGACUAACUUGUAACUAUUAACUUUAUUCGUAUAUCAUCGUUGCUAAAUUUAAAAAUAAUCCAUUAACAUGUCAGAACUUAAUAUAAUGAUAAUGGCAUUAAACUGUUGUUUUUGUUUGUGUUAUUCCGACGACUCCAAGCUUACCUCAUGAGUUCUGCGUAUUAACGGGCGAGCUAAUUUCGUACUCGUGUUUGAGUGAAAUGGUUUCUCGUCAAACGUGCGUCUGACGUCGGGGAUGCUCCACCGCUCUGCACUUUAUUCUAUUUUAUGCAUUUCAGGGUUUUUUUUAAUAAAUUAUAUUUAUUGUUUUUGUUUGUUUUUUCACAAGUGGAUUUAGUAAUUGAAUAAUUUCUUUUUUGUAUUUAUUUAGUAAUUUGUUUUGUUCAGUCACUGUAUAUUUGUUGCUUGUUUAAUAGAUUUUUUUUUCGCAUUUGUGAACACUGAUAAAUAUAACUCUUAUGAAUUCUGCACGGAUUUGUAAGAGCGUGUUGGUAGCCUGACGAGUACACAUCUCGGUGCUGAAUACAGGAUUAAAGAAAUAAUCAGGUGAAGAAACAAAUUAAUUUCUUUUAAUUCGGUCCAAAUUCACGUAUUAUUAGUUACGUCUUUUUGUUGUUUUUGUUGUCGGAUAUUUGCUUGCUGGGUUUCGCACCAGAGCUACAGAGAUAAUUGAGCUACCAACUAACUUUGCAGGAUCUCUAAAACGCAGUAAAAGUGUUUGGACUCAAAUAUUUCAGAUGUUUCGAGCGAUUCUGGUGCUAACCUUUUAAUAGUAAAAAAACCUUUUAAAGAUCUCGAACACGAGAAAUAACUCUCAGGUUUUGCUACUAGCUUCUUAAAAAUAACCCUUUUCUUCAGCCAUGCCAUAUUAAUAAGAAGCUAUAUAUUAUAUAUAUAUACAUGUUUAUGUAUCAAAAUCUACAUCUAUAGAAAUAUGUAUUUAUAGAGGAGCAUAGUUAAGAUGUUGGUUGAGAGUUAAGAGUCAGCGCGGCGGCUAGCCUUAAUGUUUGAGCGAGAGCUAGACAAAAUAAAACACUAAAGCGCCGCUGCAUCACUCUCGAUCACAGAAAGAAACUGGUUUAAAAAAUUAAAAGAUCGAGAUCACAUUAAAUAAUAAAGAAUGAGUGAUGCGAAAAGAGAUUUCUCACUAUUAAACCCCGCAUCGCGAUCCUGUGAUCUUCGCUCAUCUCAGCGGGGUUCCCGAGGAACCGGCUCUUUAUUUUUAAGAAGUUUAAGAGGGAGAAAAUAUUUCACAUGACGUAGACUUUUACGAGCAACGUUAGAUUCUUGGCUCUAGCACAAAAGAAAUAUUAAUAAUAAAGAAGCAGCAAAUGCGAGACCAAGAUUGAAACCAAACCGUUUUAGUAAAUGUCUGAAAACCCGUUCCUUUAAUCUGAGCUCCACCAGCUCGUGGGUUCUUCCACUAUUACUAGUGUGAUUGUAGAAUUUAAUUCCUGACUUCAGGAAAAACGUCUCGAGUAUGUUCACAGUUAAUCGUUUUCGCACCGUUGCAGGUGCCACUGGUGAGAGAAACGUGAUAUGAGGAGUGUGUGAGGGUUUGGGGAUUAUUGGAGGUUUAUCACUGGGUGCUGAUGGAGUGUAAAAGGGAAACAGAGAUGUUGAAAUGUGGUUCUGAUGUGAUGUUUUGGACGUUGCGUGUAUAAGGGGUCGUGUAAAGUGAAGUGAUAGUAGUGGGUACGAAGGAAGAUGGCCUUGGCAUGUGUGUGUCUGUAUUUGCUGCCUGUUUUGUUUAAAAAAAAAAAAAAAAAGUUAAAUAUAUUUCAUGAAACUUGGGUCAUUUGAAUAUUUUAGUUCACAUGAGAUGACAAGAUAACUUCCUUCUAGGGAUGAAAUUGAAUUGUAUACAUUUUCAAAUCGUUCAGUUUUUUAAUGAUCAUGUUUUAUCUGCGUUGCUGAUUUAUUGUUAACCAGCGAAUUCCAGCAGAUGGUGAGAGAAAGACAGAAUGUAGGGGAAAAGAAGGUUUUACCACGUACACAAGUGCACCUGGAUCUUAGCGCACGAGCCGAACGGGGAAAACGGACAGGUGUGGACACUAAAGACACCAUGUUGAGUCCUGCCUUCUCAUUCAUUUCCUGUUGACUGAUGAGGCUGAGGCUUGGGAGGUCAGAGGUCACCCAGAUAAAGUCGACACACAGCGAAAGUCAAAGCCACUACAGAUAAAUGCGUCUUUUAUGUCAUGUGACUGUUCAGCUUUCCACCUCUACUUUAGCUGAAAUAGAAGAAAGAUUCCGUUUAAGGCUACUGUCUCCCCGGUCACCGCUGUGCAGGUGUACUUCUUUUUUUGUCUGAGGGUGUACCUGGUCCCGAAACAGCUCACAGAGGAGCAUAAACAGAAGCAUUUUGGUUAUCUGCAAACAUAAUUUGGAGUGAUGCAACACCUCUAAGAAAGGUGAAAGUUUCCUAAAGAGAAUCAUUACUGCUGACGAGAGACGGAUUCAUCACUACGAGCCUGACCGUAAAUGGCUGAGUAUGGAACGUAAAAAUCCUGAAUCACAGGCCGAGAAAAAGUUUAACCAUCAGCUGGAAAAUUGAUGCUCACAGUUUUCUAGGAUUCUUAAGGACCGGUAUUGGAGCAUAACCAGAAAAAGGGUUCAACAAUCAACAGUGCUCGUUACACUGAGACACUUAUUGAAGGGCUGAAGCCUAAACUUCAGAUUAAACUCAGAAGACUGCUAGCCAGGCCAUCGUGAUCUCGCAUUGUCGAUGUCAAUACUUAGUUUUUGAGGUGUUAGUCCUGAUCUCGCUUGGUCGGCCUUUCACCUGUUUGGUCCCCUGAAAGCAGCGCUACGAGGAUGAAGAUAAACUUCUGAUGAAGUGAAGACGGCAGUGCAUUCGUGGCUCUCGGUUUAACCUAAUACAUUUUUAAUGGGGAAACAUGAAAGCUUGUUGACGGAGGGGGACAGAGUAAGGAGAUUAUGUUGGAAAAAUGAUGAAUUGGUCUUUUCUUAUAAUUAGUUAAAAUAAAUUCUAAAGCUAGAAUGCGGAUAUGUUUUGACUAAACUAAUAUAUGCUAACCAUACAUUUUCGCACAUCUUUGAUCCAGAUGUAAUGUACCAUAAAAAUUCAAUUUAGAGGUCUACAUUUGUUAAUUCAUUAUCGCCAUGAAACAAUUAGGGAAAAGUAUUUUGUCAUCUCAGGAAAAAAAAUGUAAAAAAUUUAAAAUGAAUAAAAGAGAAAAUAAAUCCCCAGGUUAAAAUAUACUGUAUUUCAAAAUAAAUAAAUCUUAUAUCAGUGCUUCCUUAGGUCAUAAGUUUAGCAUGAAUUCUAUUUAACAAGAUAAACGCAAAUAACUAUAACAACAUAGAAAAAAAAUCCUACUAGAGUGGUGUUUAUAUAAAUAAAGUCAAGCUGUAGUAUUUAGAUGUGAUCGAGUAUUCUGAUCAGUCCUGAUUGGUCAGAUGGCUGACUCGUAUACAAUACCAUAUUAGCAAGGCAGAUACUGUAGUGUAGAUUAAUCACGAGACUAAUAGAUGAACGUUAACGUUAUUUCUGCGCUAGGUUGCACGCCUAUGUUGAUCAGAGCCUUUAUUGUAGUUGAUUUAUUGUAAGCGAUGCUAAGAAGUUAACUUUCUUUUUAUGUUAAAAAUAAAAAUAUCUGUAGCAUUGUGCUUUGAUGCAGAAUGCAAACUUCUUUUUAAAUACAGAUGCAAAAUGUUUUGCUUGUAUUGAAUGUAAUCAAUCACAUCCACAUCCAUUAUAUCCAUCCAUUUUGGGUUUUUUCCUCAAUCAUGUCUGUAUUGUACUUCAGAUGCUUGUGACUUUUUUUUACCAUCAUUGAUAAGAUAAUUAUAAAAUUUAAUAUGCAUAACCUGUACAAUGGUGCUGAACUUUGUAGACUUUGUAACUCAACACCGUAAAAAUACAAUUUAAAAUAAGAGUUAGAGCCUGUGAGGAACAGCGGCUAGCGCUUGGUCAGGAUUUAAAACGGCUAAUUAAAGAAAGAUUUGCAAUUCA